AUGUCUGGAACCAUUCCGUCUAUGGAGACACUCCAUGACGAUCUCAAAGAUAACACAAUCAUCGUCGUCUUUGGUGCUUCUGGCGAUCUCGCAAAGAAAAAGACCCUCCCUGCCCUCUUUGGCCUCUAUCGUCAAGGCUUUUUGCCCCGAGAUUGUAAAAUAGUUGGCUAUGCUCGAACAAAGAUGGACAGGGAGGAGUUUCACAAGCGUGCUACGUCCUACAUCAAAAACUCAGACAACAAUCCCGACCUCGCGAACUCUAUCGAGGCUUUCAAAGAGUCUUUGACGUACGUCCAUGGAGGGUACGAAGACGAUGAAUCUUUCGAGGAACUUAACAAGCAUCUCGAGGAAAUCGAGUCCCAUUACCAAUCAAAAGAAUGCAACCGCAUCUUUUACCUGGCGCUCCCCCCGAGCGUCUUUAUUCCCGUUGCGAAGAAUACCAAGCUACAUUGCUACGUCACGAAGGGCGGUGUCAACCGCAUUAUCAUCGAGAAGCCAUUUGGGAAAGAUCUUCAAUCUGCUCGUGAACUACUCGGCGCCGUAAAGCAAUACUGGACAGAGGACGAAACAUUCCGUAUCGAUCACUACCUGGGCAAAGAGAUGGUUAAGAAUCUACUUGUCCUUCGGUUUGCUAACAUUGCCAUGGGUGCGGCCUGGGACAAAAACUCGAUCAGCAACGUGCAGAUCACUUUCAAGGAGCCAUUUGGUACAGAAGGUCGUGGAGGUUACUUUGACGAAUUCGGCAUCAUUCGCGAUGUUUUGCAAAACCAUCUGCUGCAAGUCCUCAGUAUUCUGACUAUGGAGCGACCUGUUUCAUUUUCGGCGGAAGAUAUUCGAGAUGAAAAGGUCAAAGUCCUUCGGUCCAUCCCUCCCAUCGAGCGCAGCGACACACUUUUGGGUCAAUAUGUGUCUGCGAACGGGAAACCAGGCUAUCUCGACGAUGAAACCGUCCCUCCCAACUCGGUUUGCCCGACUUUCGCUGCGACGACGCUUUGGAUCAACAACCCGCGUUGGGAAGGUGUUCCCUUCAUCCUGAAAGCAGGGAAAGCCCUCAACGAAGCAAAAGUCGAAGUCCGUAUCCAGUUCAAAGACGUGACGCAGGGCAUUUUCAAAGACAUUGCGCGCAACGAGCUCGUCAUUCGUAUCCAGCCUUCUGAAGCCGUCUAUCUGAAGCUUAACACCAAGACUCCCGGACUCUACACCCGCGCCAUUCCAACAGAAAUGGAUCUCACAUAUAAGAGGCGUUUCACUGAAGCAAAAAUUCCAGAGGCUUAUGAGGCCCUCAUUCUCAACGCCCUCAGAGGGGAUCAUUCCAACUUUGUCCGGCAUGACGAACUCGAUGUGGCAUGGAAAAUUUUCACGCCCAUCCUUCACUGGAUUGAUGGCCUGGAAGGCCCUCGCCCUCGCCCAGUUCCAUAUCCGUAUGGGUCGCGAGGUCCCAAGGAGAUGGACGCGUAUACUGCGAAGUACGGCUACAAAAGAGCCACAGAAGCAUACAUCUGGCCUGUGACAAAUAUGGCAGCCUUGUAGUGAUUUUCAUGGAUGGUGAAAGAAAAUUUGAAAUAUGCUACCUUUUCCAUUGUCCUGGAGUGACUGUUAUUGGAAGCAUGUAUGAUUAGUCGCGGGUAUAGAGAAGCAACUGCAAAGGAACAAGUUUAGC